AUGGCCAUGUGCUGGCAGUGCAGAGGACUGGUGGAUCAAGGCGAGCGAUGUGUAGAAUGCCCCUACCCUGUCCAUCGCCACUGCCGAUUACAGGCACCUGCGAGCUGUACGCUCUUCUCCAGUUUGACAUCGGUGAAGGCCAAGGGCAGUAUAGGCAAGGAACUACGAGCACAGGGAUACACCGCGCAUCACCCCAUUGUGCUGAUACCUGGGCUGUGCUCGAGUGGACUGGUUGUCACAAAGUCUGAUAUCAAGCCCGCCUGGGAG